CAAAGAGUUUUCGAGGGCGGGAGGAGCUAAGCGCGGCUAGCGUGAAGAGCUGGAGAGAGAGAAGCGAAGGAGGUGGUCUUUGCUGCUGAGCCAACCUAGCCUGCCUUGUGUGUGGGAGGGAGAGAGAAGGAGGGACAAAAGCGAAGGGGUGAGUUAUUUGUCGGAGACCCGGAGGAAAGCGAGAGAUAAGCGGAGCCUUUUGCAAGCUGGUGCCCUCAAGACCUGGCUGCAGACCGCCCCAUCUCCAGCCAGCUGGAGUCUGCCCAUUGGUGACUGGGAACCAGAAAGCUAAAGGAAAGCAAGGGCAUUCCGAAAUGCCUAAUUCCCUCCCCGUAUCCCGUGCCAAGCCCUCGCUUCCAGGCGAUCUCCGUGCUUAGCGGGCACCUCAUGCGCUUGAUUCAACAGACAGAGGGAUCCCGGAGCAUAAGACAUCUGAACAUUUUCAAGAGUAGAAAGUUAUCCUACAGAAGUAAACAUGCCUUCUGAAAUGGGAAAAACAGACAUGGAGAGGCUUGGCCUCUUCAGUGAAAUGGAAUAUAUUAGUAUUGGCGAUAAAUAUGUCUCUCCAUUUAACCGCCCUUUUAAUGAAGCUGCAAGCAAGAAUAAACAAAUGUUAUCAGCUGGUAACAAAGAGAGAGGAGCCACCCAAGCAGGAUAUUUUGAUCUUCAGUUUUCAAGAAUUUUUGAAGGUGAAAGUUAUUCAAAUCCCGUUCAGUUAAGGAGAAGAUACCGAUUGGCUGAGUCAAAGAAAAACCUGGGAAGCAGACCCUUUCUUCCCACUAAUGGAGAUAAAUUUUCAUGUGGUAUAGGAACAUACUAUGGAACAAUUGGUGGCCCAUGUUCCUACUUCAGUGCUCAGUUAAAAGAUAAAAUUCCGUAUGUACCACCGGGGAAAAACCUGUAUACCAAUCCAGGGAAGAAAGGAACUGGCUAUGGGUAUCCAAAUCUCACCAUAGGUAAACCAUACAUGCAUUCAGUUGAAUUAUAUGACAUAGGAAGAAUAAAUUUUAAGAAAACAUCUGAAGAACAUCGCCAGCAAAUGAAAGGUGGACCGUUCAAGCUAAAUCUUUAUCCCCGAGAAUAUUUUGAUAUGAACCCUUACCAUGAUGACAAGCCGUUGUCUCCACCAAAACAACUACCCCCAAAAGUACUAGUUCAGCAACCUUUUAAACCAAGUUCUCCAGCUAAAAAGCUAGGAGGUAUGAAAGCAGGCACAUUUGAUCCAUUUCCAACCUAUUCCGCAGAGCCAUAUGGCAUUAGGUUGCCCAGGUCUGCCACAACUAAUAAACAAGGAAAUGUAUUUCACCCUAAUCCUGGUACUAAGAGCAGACCAGUAAGAAGUAUUAUGACCUUAAACAUUGAAAAAUCAUUAAAUGCAACUAAUUACAUGAAUCCCUGUGUGAUGUCAUACUAGCUGCACAAAAGCAAGGUGAAUGAAUGAACCUUCUGGACUGCAGACAGUAACAGCUCAAGUAAAUAAAAGUUUUGUGGCUGAGGGAAAUGCAUCAGAUAUAGCUAUCUGCCUUGAGGGUUUUAUAAAUAUAAGAACUAAUUGAUAAUAUAGUUAGUGAUGAUAUGUAUAAAAUGUAAACCAGAUUUGAUAUAAAUGUUAUUUAAGUUGUAUAUAUCAGAUAGUAUAAGUAAACAUUUUUUUGGUGUGAGUUUUUUUCUGCCUUGAAAAGAACAAAUACUAUUAUUCAUAGUUGUCCUGUGUCUUUUUUUUUUAUCUGAACAUAGUCAUUAAAUAAUAGGUCUAUAAAAAAGAACUUUCCUGAAUUCUAAAAGCUCUAGAAUGGGAACAAUAAGAAGCAGGGCAACUAUACACUGGGGAAAAAAAAUCAAAUAUUCUUCAAGUAUUUAAAAUGAAAGCUGAAAAUUCAGCUUCAUAAAAUCACUGAAGAACCAGACUUGCUAGCCUCCUUCCACCUGACUUACUGCUCUUAAAACUGUGCUGGGUGAAAAGUCCAAGUUCGCCUUUUGCUGCCCUCCCAAUAGUGUGCUAUGAAAGUCAUCCAGUGAGCUAUUGAAUCCCACAGUUCUUGGUGCAAAUGAAAAUGAACGAAAGUAUCAGUGACUAUUAGUUAUCACGUCUUACCUCCAGGAUAAGAGUUAUCUGUGUCCAAAUACCAGUUCUGGGAAGCAUCACAGGAGAGUGCUGUUCCCUUUCUUUCAUACUAAUGAGCAUUUCUGUUGGCUUCUGAUUGGUUGCUGUAGGACAGGGUUUCUCAACCAUGACAACUUUAAGAGGU